CCAUUUAUUGUUAUUGUCAUCGUAAUUCAGUAAAAUUAGGUCAUUUUCAAUUGUUUUUAAAUCUGCAAGCUAUUUAGCGAACGCAAUGUCUUGUUAUGUAUAUAUAGUAAGUUCACUUAUUCCUUGAUUUUUUCGUAUUUUUUUAUUUGUAUCAAUAAUGUACGCUUCUUAUAUAGUAAUAAUUUCGACCUCAUCUGAAACAUCGGUCAGCCAGUCAGCUGCAACGUAGCUGAAACAUGGAUGUGAUUGUGUUGGCCUUUAGUUAAAUUAAAAACAACGGCAGAUUUAUUUAUAUGUUGAAAGGAAACAUUUACACAGAAUUCGGUAAAGCUAGUUUGUUAGUUCCCCGUCCUAAAACAGUAUUUUUUAAAAAUGAGCUACGAUAUGUCCAGUAGAUAUGGUUAUGUAUGGUCGGAUUCAAAUUGAUGAUCCAUAAACACAGCGACCAAUUGCUCCGUAUUCUUCUCUGAAACCAAACCCCUAGCAAUUCAGAGAUUGUGUAGUCAUUCUUCUGAAGUCUGGAACUAUGGAACGGUUAUAUUACAGAUAUGUUUUGUAACUGCUAUGUUUGAAGAGAUUACGAUAUCACCUGAACCGGCGAGCGGAACGAAGAUCAGCAACACAACAACAGGACAGGGUAAACUAUUCCACUACACUCCAGCGCAGCUAACUAGAGAGAGAAAACCAGAUUCAGCCGAGAGGAAAUGUACAUGUAUUCCACAAGCAACUCAGAGGCACGAACGAACAAACAAACAAUACAUGCGUAUAUAUAUAGCACAAAAAUGUCACUGGAAAACGUCACAGAAUAGCGUACUGAAAAACAAAACGAACCAGUGAUACUUAGAGUCCUUCUAAGUAGUUGAUACAAACUGCAGGUAAAAGUGGGGCUUUUGGUGUGAAGAUGAGAGAUUCAAAUUUCUGAAAUAAAAUUACAAAAAAUUAGACGUUUACCAAGUGAUUUCUGGGGAUCUAGCAUCACCAACACCGCUUUUUAAUAGCGUAUGUUCUUAGUGUUCACCUGCAUAUUUGACCGUUUGUCACUGUUGUCGUAGUGACUACUUUCUGGAACGUAGAUCGGUUUUUUGUUGUACUUCUUGCGUAGGGACUGCGGGUGGGUUGAAGGUAUUCAGCAAAACUUCGAGCGGGAGACUUCUGUUUCUUCAUGUGUGAUUUGGGGCAAACUGUCUCCUUAGCUGAUUCCAGUGUCGAGUCUACCUGUCUCUUCCCAUCUCUACUUCAUACAUUACUUGGCCUAGCCUUUCGACCACAUGUGCUUCAAUUCAAAGGUCAUAGUUUGGUCUAUAAUCUUAAGCGAACACCGAACAUCCAGCCCUGUACGUUAGCAGCUCCUGCGACUUAGUUUUGAGUAGUGGUGGUCGUUUGAUUCUCAGAAGCAUCAGGUUUUGGACCAUCCUCAGUCUUCUUCAUAUGAAGAUCUCUGCUCUGAACUUCUGUUCUGAUAACGUAUCAUUUGGUGUCGUUCGAUAAACAAAUAAGAAAUCCUGUAGUAAUUCGACUGGCAUCCCCUCACUUUUUGACUUGAGUAGGGUCUUCUUAAACGUGUCCACAAGCCUUUCUGCUUGGCCAUUUGACUGUAAAUGGUAAGGGGGAGAGCGGAACUGAUUGAUGGCUAGCCGUCGGUAGAAUUAUUUGAACUGGCUGGAAGUGAACUGCGAACCGUUAUCCGAUGCAAUUAAAUCCAUUCUCCGUCAAGAGCUGUUGAGUUCUGGUCGUCAUUGGUGACACGAUGGGGAGGAUUUCUUGCCUUUUCAGAAACGCAUCAACUACAACUAAAUAAGUAGUCCCGUUGAUUGGGCCAGUGAAGUUGACAUAUAUCGUGCACCAAAGUUAUUCAGACUGUGGCCAUGAAAUUGGCGGCACUUUAGCGUUAAAUUUCGCCCCUUGUUAACACUGGUAACAUUCCGCGUUGUCUUCUGUCGAAAGCGAGGCGAUAACCUUGUCUCCUACCGUAGAGUGUUCACUGACAAGUGACAAAGCGUCUGCCUGACAGAAAUGUUGAGGUCAAAACUCAAUAGUACUAAGGCCCAACGCUGGAGACGAUUUGCAGAAUGGAAUGGAAUAACAGAUUUUGAACUGAAAAUCAUAAGAAGAGGCUUGUGGUCUGUUAGAAGAGUAAAUCUUUGACCGUAUAAGAACUUAUGGAAACGAUGAACCGCAAAGACAGGGGCCAGUGCCUCUUUCCCUACUUGGCUGUACUUCAUUUCUGCCGGAGUUAACGUUCUUGUUGCAUGCAUUUUAGCUUUUUCUGUCCCGCCCGGAAAUUGAUGUGAGACGACGGCACCAAGUCCAAAAGCUGAAGCAACCCAGCCUCAAUGAUUGGCAUGGACGAUUUUACUGAAACAACCGACGAUGGAUAUUAACGGUUAGCUGUUCUCUCGAUUAUUCAGCAACUUCUGCCUGUAAAUAAACAUCAGCAUGGUCCAACUUUACGAACUUCUCACCAUUCAGUAUAAUAUUUCCAAAAGGUCACUGGGUUAUCGUCCAUCUGCAUUCCGCAUGACUAAUGAUAACUUGAAGUAUUUUGUUUUCCCUUUGUAAUUAAGAUAUUUUUAGGUAUUCUUUUAUUUAUUGUUUAUAAGCUUUACGGUUCUGUCUGAAUAAAUUAUGCCUGAAUAUAAUUUUUUUCACAUCUCUUUUAAAAGGACAAAAUUGAGCUAAACCUAGUUAUGUCCUAUGUACGAUACAGGAAGUGUUGUCAUCAAUGUAGUCAUGCUUUCAGAUAUAUGUUCCUAUUUUGGAUAUUUUACAGUAACACCAUGUCAUGUGUAGCUGUUCUAAAGUUUGUUGCAAUAACCCAUGUUUUCACAUGAUUAGUUAUACACUUACCUUUACUAAUGAUAGUUAAAGGGGAGAAGAAUAUUCAAUGGUCAUCUAAGAUAAGUCAAAGUUUACUUAGUAGCUAAUGUGUAAAUAUUUUUUUCACCUUAGGAUCUAUCUUGGUUCAAGGAUCUGUUGAUCUAGGCAUCGAUAGGCAGAGUUGGAUGUUGCAUGCAGCUGUUCACAGUGCCAGACCAGAUGUCAGAUGUAUUAUUCAUUUAAGUACUUCAGCUGCAGUAGCAGUAUCAUGUACAAAUGCAGGUCUUUUACCAAUCAGUCAAGAAGCCAUGAUUUUGGGUGAGACACCUGUUUACGACCCGUUAAUUGUUUUGAAUAAUCUUCAGCAAAAUGGGGAAGAAGACUUAGACUCUCGUAAAGAGCGUCAUUUUGAUGCACAAAAAGCAGAAAUAUCUCGGAUAUUUUCGGAAAAAUCUCCCAGUUGUAUGGUUUUAUUGGUUCGUAGUUAUGGUCUCUUAGCUUUGGGACAAUCGAUUGAGGAAGCAUGGUUUAUUGCAUUUACAUCCAUGUUAGCGUGUGAAGCACAGUUACGUUUGGCGAGCAUCAGUUUGGAUGAAUUGGUUAUCCCUACCAAAGAAGCUCAAGAAGCCGCUUACUCCGUAGGACGUACUCCCUCUGCUGUUCAGUUGCGAGUUGGCGAAGUCACUGGUAGUUCAGGUUGGAGGCGUGGAGAACUUGAAUUCGAGGCAUUAAUGCGUAGAUUAGACUCUGCUGGAUACCAUACAGGUUAUGUUUACCGACUAAGUCAAGUACGCCAGGGUUCAACUGCUGCAUCGACUCUCCAGCGUCCGUCGGCAGAUUUGCUGGAUAAUGCCUCCACUCAAAAAUCUCGUGAUGCCACAGCCCAUGUUCGUCGUGCAGCUAGUCUUGGUCGUGGUCUUCGUGGCCUCAAAGAUGUAGAGAUACCGCCUACAGUUUCAUCUUUUGCAACUUCAUACUACGGGGAUGAGGAAAGUAGAGCUACUGCUAUUGCUGAAAUGAAAGCCAAAACACUUUCACUUUCACGUGCACAUUGGCUGAGUACACCAAAUGCGUACCUUCGGGAAGAGAUUGAAGAAGUGGGUACUCCGAAUCCUAAAAAGAUAACCCACUGGACAGAGGGGUCAGAUAUCAAUAAAACACGCACCGGUGGAGUAGCUGUCCCGCUGAUUGAUCCCAAUCAAUUUGCAUUGCAGGGUUCGGAUCCACAGGAGUUUAAAAAUCAACAGAAGAAGGUAAUAUUUCAAGUUAAAAAGCAUUGACAGGUUUAUAUACAUAUAUUGUUCGGGAGCACUCAAAACAAGGUCAUCUUGAUUGCUGUUAGAUGUUAUAAGAGCGAUGUUCAGCUCCUGUUUACUCUACUGUUAAAGGAUGUUCCUUCUUAAGGGACUCUAAUAGGAAACUGGACUGAAGAUGAUCAUAGGGGUCCGAAAACGUGACCUCAGAGCGUAAGCGUUAAUCUCUUGAUUCCGGUCACACGACCAGUUGGUGUUUGAUGUUUAAGCACCUUUUAUUUUCAGGACUUACUACCGGCAUUGUGAAUUACUGAUCCCAUGUAGGUUAUGCAGUUUUUAGCUCCGAUAUUUUCUAACCUCUCCCGUUGUGAAGAAAGAGGGUCACUCCUAGUGGUCUAGUGAAAACACCUUAUUGUCUUGUCUUUUCACCACAGUACAGUCGUUAGUACAACUGUACCUUCGGUCCUGAAGUUUUCUCCUUUUUAUUAUACCGCUCUUUAACCAACUUGCUUGUAUUGGUAGGACAUAAAGAAGCGAGUAUUUCAACCAAUGUAGAUCGAUUGAGUAAUCACUAGGUGAACCCAACCACCACAUCAAAAUAGUAGUUACAGUCUGGUCAGGAAGCCUUGAAUAUUCAUGAAGUGAGACAAAUUUAGUGGUUUAAAUAUGCUGUAUUUGAUGUGCAUUGCCAAGCACACAUAAACUAGGACGAAAUAUCUUUACAAUACUCCUUGUUUAACAUUGGUUCUCUGAUUGAUGUCAUUUCUCAAUAAACGUUACCUGCAAAAUAAAUAAAACCACUUCAGUUAAUUUACAGUAUUGUUACCUUAGUUUAAACAGACACUUAACAAGUUGUUAUCAAGUUACGUACAUGACAGAUGUGCAUUCGAUGUGUAGUGAUAUUUUAAAUUAAGUGCUAUUUGUGAAAUUGUUUGUAGAGAACAUAAUUUUGAAGCACUGCAUCUAAAGAUGGUAUUAUUUUUACCCAUUAUAUCGUAUUGGCUGUUCAGUUCAUUUCUGGAUCUACCGUUUCAGAAGUAUAGAAGUACUCAUCUUUGCUUUAUCAUUUAAUGUGUUCGAAACUUGAAGUUUACAGAUUGUUUGUCAUAUUAUUCUAGGUGAAAGAUAAAUAUUACAAGGAUGUAAGGUCUGCUGGACCAAAAUCUCGAAUUUUACAAGGUAUUGACUUAGAAGAUGAGUCAGAUGAAACUGAUGGGGGGAUCGCAUCACCUAAGGUUGUCAGUCCGAAAGGCACACUACUUCGAUUGGAUCCUUCCAACCCUCCGUCUCUGGAGCCUGGACAUGUUGUUGUGGUUGGGGCAGCUAGUAAAGGUAUCAUAAAUCGUAAUCAGAGACACAAUGUUGGUGUUUACCAGUCUCUAUACUCGCCAAAUCCAUUCGAUAGGAUGACAGACGAAGAUCUUGAGCGCUACAAAGAAAAUGUUGAACGCAAAGCUAAAGGUUUACCCUCAUUAGAGGAGGAAGAGGCAAGAGCUCGCAUAGAGGAAGCUCGGCAGGCUGUGGUGGUGGCACGAGAGGCGAUGGAAGCAGCCUCUCGUAUGGGUACAGAACAAAAAUAUAAUGGAGAACCUAGUUUAGACGUAAGUCGUAUUCAUGCAGUUCGGUCAGAUACCAGUGGAGCUGAAGCUAGCCAUGAUGAUACUGAAAAAGAGGCUAAAAAAGAUGACAGUAUAUCAGAAAGGAAAAAGAAGCGUCGUUUCAAAAUGCCUUCAUUUGCACGAAAAUCCAAGAUUAAAGAAUCGAAAGAAAAGAAAUAAAUAAAAUUGACGAUGAUAUUUGGUCUACUUUUUUAUAUAUAAGUAGGCAAUACAUCAAUGGCUUCAACUUUUUCAGCAUUAGAAUCAUGCGCCGAAUUGAAUUUAGUCUGAGAUACUUUAUUGUUUUUUUUCAAUUGCUUCACAUCAGUGCGCUCAGCUUUAUGUCUGUCUGGUUACCAAUUUUCAACUACGUACGCCGUUAUUGUUCGGGCUUACAUCGAAUAUAAUUCACCUCGCCUUAAUUUUCCUGCAAUGUCGAAUAUAUAGAUAAGAUCUUGAUUUAAUCCUCACAUUUCUACGUUUAAUCCCUAAUCUACUAACUUAUGGCUUUUUGUGAAAUUUCUUAUUAUUCAUGCUGAUCUUUCGCCGUGUCUGUUUGUUUAAUUUUAAUUUUUCUUGCUUUGUUAGGAAUUAUGCAUUCAUUGUUCUUGCGAAGGAGUUAAUAAAAUCCUGAUUUUGUCAAUUGUUCGUUGUUACUCCUGUGUAGUUUUUAUAAAUGUAUCUUGAAAAUCGUAUACUGAAUCCACUAUGGCUUUAUUGAUAAUCUUUUAUUUUCUCUACUGGUUUAUUAUUUGCAUCUAUAAACGUUCUUUUUUAUUUAUAAGUUUCAGUCUUGCUACAUGAAGAUUCUGAUAGAUUGUAUUCUCCAGGAUAUCCAUACCGAAAACGUAAAAAUAUUCGGAUACGAUUCUCAUCUUGAUUAUGUACUGGUUUGCUUCGAUCUGUCGUUUAGCAGUCAGUCAACUGCAAAGUAAAACCUGGCACAUUUGUAUCAUUUCAAGUUGCAGCAUUACAUCAGCGUAGUGAAAUAAAAUUACCAAAAGUAGUAGUAGAGUGAGCAGAACACCCGUGGGGACAAUCGAAUGUAUUUAACACAAAAUUACAGGACUUGUUAAUAAAAUCUAACAAUCAUAAAGUAAACGCUUAAUUUGCAAAAUGUCCAUCAAUUGUCUCAAAAUGACUCAGACUUCAUUGUUCUUGCAUCUUCAUACAAAUUGCAUUCUGUUUCCAUUCUUUACUGUUCGAUCCUCUUGUCUCUCUGCUGCCAGACCUUCUGUUCACGACUAACAUCAUAUACUACUUAUGUCAAUAUAAGUAGCACACACCGCACUCGUUCCCCCUUUCAAGCAGUCAUUCUUGCGGUGGUUCAUGCUCGACGUGUAUCAAUAGUAGAAAAUAUAGAGUAUAAAAAGAAAACAUUUUCUAAGGAGAUUUCAGUAUUCAUAAUUUAAGGGAAGGCUAAAAGUGAGUGCAUCUGUUCUAUUUCUAUCUAUUCUGAGCCAUAUCAUCCGAUAUCUCCAACCACUGAUCGAUAGAGAUUUGUGCUGGUUACUACUUUGUUGAUCCGUCUAAUAUUCACAGUUGUCUCGAUAUUCAAACUCAUAACUGGCAUGUUUUUAUGCUAGUAAUACAUGGAGGAAUCGUUCAUCUGAUAGGUUAACUUUUAUUUCUUUCAUACAAAUUCAUUUAUUAACUUGAAAUUACCAAGGACACUGAUUAAAGCAGAAUCACACGAAUUCAUUAGAUUUCGUUAUUUUCUCACCGACUGCUUACGACUAGUUAUAUUUCAAGAUAAAGAAUCGCAAAUGGAAACCAGCAUAAUUAUAGAAAUAAAGUUUAUCAGAAGUUAGUGUACAAAUGUAUCAGUAUAGUGUAGUAAGAAUGCAUAUCUUAGAAAUAAAUCGAAAUGUUAGAAUUGAAAUAUUAUAUGUUAAGAUUAGUUCCGAAAUAUUGACUUAGCUUAGUAUCAAAAGACCGCAGGGUGGUAAGUAAGUGAUUCUGUAAUGAAAUACACGGAGAGAUAUUAGUGAUUGUUGAGAAUAGGAUGAGUUAGCGUCAGUUCUGUUCAGGCGUGUAGUGACACAUUUAUGCUCAGUGUCACUGGAUAAUCGUAUGAUCCGUCACUGGUUGACCAUUUUGAUAUCCACUCGCAGUGAAACCUGGUUUCAGAUUCUAUCAGUGGAUUAAAUGUAGGCGUACUCUACUUUGUCAGAAGCUAGGCCAAAAUACUUGUUUAUUACUUCCUGAUUUUCGGUGGUUUUUUCAAAAUAGAACUAAUCUCUUCAGCUAACCAAAUGGACAUUAGAGUGCUUUGAUUAAAAAUAGAACAACAAAAAGUGACUUAAGAAAUCAUGUAGACAGUGCCCAUAGACACAUUUCUAUUCUGUCAAUUUGACGAUACAUCGUACUAUUAAAAGAGAAGUGGAUAUUCUUCGGGUACAUAACUAGUAGUCAUUUGAAAUCGGAUCCUAAUAAAGUUAAGAGAUUAGUAUUUCGGUCAACAAUGUUAUUGUGUUUGAGACGGUGCACUCUAAUGAAUAGGAAUGUUAAGACAAAGAGGACAAUAUACUUGCAAGUGAUAUCUAUGUGGUACAAUCUGUUGUCAAGCUUAAAUAAUUCAUAUCAAGUAGAUCUGCAUAGUCGUUGGUCAGUACGUUCUAUACUACUUUCUAAUUAGCCGGCAAUCUUGUGGUGAGGUAAACUGAUCAUUGCGUAGAUCUUACUGGGACAUUUUGUUUAUGAAUCUUCGUUUUGCUGGCUUUGUAACAUUGUGGAGUAUAGGGACCUAUGAAAUCUAUCUGAGGUUUCAAUUUGUGUGCUUUGAAAUUAUCAGGGUCAUCUCUACAAUUUGGAUUUCUUCAGCCUUCAUUCUAAUAUACAGUUAUAUUUGUAUAAUAUAUAUUUAUGCUAUAUUUAUUCAAUCAGUCAAGAGUAUUCAUCAUCGUUUUACAGCAGAUGUGCAUGAAUUUGGAAGCUAUGGAAGAUGCAAUUGGAAAUCUAUUUCUAUUUUAUAUGAUAAGUGAUAGUUUGAAAUCUUUGUUUUUUUUCUGUUUAACACUGAUCCACAAAAUAUAUGCUCAAUAAUGUAGGAAGUAAUACCUAUUCAGAAAUUCUAUAUAAUUGAGCAUGAUUUUUAAGAGUAGGGGAUAUUCAUAGGUUACUUGUACUUGAUUAUAUGUCUUCGAACCUUUACUCGUAUUUUUUCGGGACCACUGAAUGAGCAGAGUUGGGGUAUUGGAUAAGGUAUGGAGUGUACUAAAUCGGCUGAUAAAGUAGUAAAUUUUCGUCAACCGAUGUGAUUGGGACAUCUUUUACGUAUGUCCAACUACUGCCUAUCUUGAUGGACGAUGUUUUUUGAUGUAAGAGUAGGUUGGAAGACCAUUUGGGGCGGCCAAAUUAAGACUUCGUAUCAGUUCAUAUAGUCAUUGACUAUUGGACCGACCAAAUAUAGGUAGAUGAAGACUACAUGAUUGGGGUCCGGUGAUUAUCAUCACCAAAGGUUAGAGAAUUUAGGUGACAUGUCUCGAAAUUGUACGCAGGUGCAUUAACUCUUUUGUCUUUCCCAAGUUCCGAGAUCUCAAAAUCAUAUCUUUAAACCUUUACCAAUACCUAAACUUUUGUAUUAUGAUAGUAAUUAUUAUUACCGAUAUAGUUAGUACUACUGCUACUACUGGGUUGGUUUUGAAAAUUUCAUCUCACUAAUGUUAAUGUGGUAUAUAAACUUUGGCCGAUGAAUAUGUGUUAGGUUUUAUGUUUCAUUAUAACUGAGUGAUUGAUUGUAUGGUGAUAAGUUUCAUGUCAACUUAAUCCACCACGUUCUUAUAUAUUUAUACAGCAAUGUUGAACUAAGUCAUCAAUUCAUUAUUUAUUCUCGCUAUCUUUGUAUUAACAAAUUUAGGAUGAUUUAUAGUUAUAAAAUUAAUUAGAUAAAUCUUUCAGGAUCAUCAUUCGACAGUCAAAUUCCAUUCGUUUUAAAUUCUCCGGAGCCAUAGCCACCAAACACCUCAAGCCAUAUUUAUGUAUCCAAAAAGAAAAUGUUUCUUCACGAUGACGACGUCAUCCUUGCAACUUUUUUUCUCCAUCUUAUUUUAAUUGUAUCAUUUCAUCCAAAUUCAUAACUGUAUAUUUAAUUGACUGAUGUCAUCUGACGGGAUGUCCGGACAAUGUAGAAGACCGUGAGGACCAGUGGAAUAGCAACGGAAAUGAGGAGAUACAACGUGACGGUUGUCAAGAUUAGUGAAACCCAUUAGAUCCAAGCUGGACAGAAAACAUCAGCUUCGGGAAAGGUGCUGUUUACCCUAAUCAUGAAGACAAAAAUACUUCGCACACAAAAAGAGUCCCACCGAUUCUGUAUAAAGAAGCACGAAAUGCAAUUAUAGGAUGAGAAUCUCAUGGAUCCAGAAUCAUCGAAAUAUCCUUCCAAACAAAGAAGAGGAGAAUCACAAUGAAUAUUAUCCAAUGUUAUUCACCCACCAAUAAUAGCAAUGACGACGAUAAGGAUCAGUCCUACCAUAGGCUGCAAUGGAUCAUAGCGAUGUGUUUAGUAAAUGACCUGACCAUGUUGAUGAGAGACCUAAUCGCUAAAGUCGAACUGGACAACACCGUGUAUGAAGAUACCGUGAGAUAACAUAGACUAAGAGAAAGGAACGAUAAUGGAAAGAGGUUUGGGAAUGUAUGUGCAUUCAGCAGAAUGGUUAUAGGCGACAAAAUAUUCCCUCAUAAACGCAUACACAAAGUAAUAUUGGUCUCAUCGGAUCACACUACAGAGAAGCAGAUGGAUCAUAUCUGUAUGACUGAAACAUUCAGAAGGUCAAUGGAUGUCGUGAUAACUAGAGGAAGAGCCGACAUAAAUUGAGAUAACCAUCUGAUGGUGGUCAUGAUGAGACUGAUGGCAAAGAAGGACUGGAUGACUGGAGAAGCGGCAGAUACAAGUAUUUAUAAACAAUUGUCUACACAACAUACUCAAUGCUCGUUGACCGGAUACCAUCUGCAACAGUGUACUGUGGGAGAGAACAAACAAGCUCCACUCUGAAGAGGAAAUUAGAAAAAGACGUUGGAUGUGGACAGGACAUACACUGAUGAAAUCACUGAUUUGGAUCACAAAGCAAACCGUGACAUGGACUCAUGAAGGGAAAGGGAAGAGAGGAAAACCAAAGAACACAGUGUAUGGAGAAUUGUAAUCAGACAUGAAAAGGAUGAAUAUGAACUGUAAAUAACUGGACAGUAUUACCGAUGAUGUAGUUGGAUGAAGAAUGCUGGUGUGUGGUCUAUUCUUCUUCAUAAGGGGUACUAAGUGUACGUAAGUAAGAUCUCAAAUCGUGCUACUCUUAAUCACUAUUAGUUUUUGUCCAACCACUUUAUUGUUUAAUCCAUGAUCUCUUGUAACUUCGUCUGACGAUCUAGAAUAUUGUUUGAAAUAUUAUAUUUAGUUAUAUUAUUAUAUACUUUAUUACUUCACCGCAAUGAUACGUAUCCAACUUCUCUGUUAUAAUUAAGUAAACUUUACAAUAAUUUUAAAAUAUUACAUGUUGUUAACGGAUGAUGAGAACCUAACGAGUUAAAAUGUGUUCAUGUUAUUCUGCUCAUUUUUUUCCCUUUUUUCAUGAUAAUAAAAGAAGACAAGUG